CUUGAUGAUUUGUAAAAAGAACCGGUAGGUCAUAAAAGAUGUCAGCGAUGCUCCAGGAAAUAUUUGCUUUUAUAUUGAUAUUUACAUUAUAUGGUCUUACAUAUUCAAACUGGCAGCAGUGCAAUGGCAAAUGUUAUUACUUUGGUAAAAACAAAAUGAGUUUUGUUGAGCAGAAAUCAUACUGUAAUGGAAUAAUAAAAGGCGUUUCGAGGCAAGCAGACUUUGGGACCAGUGACAGUCAAACAAUAACAUCCAUACUGUCAGCAUGCCAUCUUAGCACAAUAGAUCAAGAACCAUACUGGAUAAAUAUGAUAAACCUUUAUGGUCACCCAACGUGUCGGACUAUAGUCUUUACCGGGAAAGAUGUUCAAGUAAAUGGUGAUGUGCUAUGCUUGUCAAAGAUGUAUAGUCUCUGCGAGAUAACAAACACAACAUUGUGCCAGCCGACAAGUAACAAUACAGGAAAAAUAUUAACCAGCAAAUUUGUGGAUUUACCCGAGGAAAGUAAAUCGUAUGUAUUGUCAUCGUUUCAACAUUCAUAUUGCAGAGCAAAAGAACUCUGCGAAUCAGACUGGAACAAUGAUAUUAGCCCAGUGAGACAAAAUAAUUCCUUUUGGGCGCAGUUGGGAAUCAAGCUUGGUCUCAGAGGAGCAAUGAAACUCAGCUUUUGGAUUAAAAGUUCCGGUGUCUCAUGUCUUAAAACAGGCGAAUUAGGGAAUAUGAUUUACUAUGAAGGACCCUUGAAUUUCCAUAUGGAGCAAAAAAGUACAAAUGAAUUUCAUCAAGUGUUGUGUGUAAAAAAUAUUACGGUCACGACUACAACACAGAAAACGACAAAGGCAAUAUCGACAAAUGACUUGCAUCAUCAUACAAGUCCAUCAAUGAUCCCAGCGUUGCACGAAACAGUGGAAAGUCAGACAAGAAUACAAACCCAAACAAAAGUUACUUCAAAACAAAAACCUGAAACACCAACGACUUCUAUAAACGUGCUUAUCCCAUCAUCUAUGCAAACCAAAGCAUUAGCAACUGCAAAGAAACAACAAUAUAAAACACCUACGAGCAGUGGAAGUACAGGUUCUCUAGCACCUUCAACCAUACGACCGCACAUUAUAUCAACAAAUCGUUUAAAUGCAGCAACUAUUACGACACUACCAACAAGUAUGUCAACAAUCGGAAGAAGUGUACUACCAUCAACAUCAACAUUUAAACAAACAAAGGUUAAAUCUACGGUAUUAAGCGCAACAUCGGUAACAACUAUGCAUUAUAUGUUAUUCUCUAAGACAACCAAAGCAAGUAGAAAUUAUCCAAAAUCGACCGGUUCGCAUUCUAUGCCUGUAAGGGAAUCUACUAUCGAACAGAAAACAGCUAACGGACAAUCGUACGAGCAAUCAUGGAUAUCAAUUGGUCUUGAAAAAUAUUAUGUCAAUCACAACCAAAUGACUUACAAGUCAGCUUCAAUUUUCUGUGGUGAGAUAAUGAAUUCGACAUUGGUUAGGUUUCUAAAUCCACUUAAGUACUUCAAAAUCCUAGGAGAGAUAAAUCUUCCGGACAACUCUUUCUGGGUAGGAGCACACGGUUUUGAUGAAGGAACACUACCAACUGAUUGUCUAUCUUACUGGGCUAGUAACAUGACUCUGAUGACAUCUCCUUGUCACUUUAACAUGAUGAGCGUUUGCAGCAAAAGCUUAGAUGAAAGCAACGUUUCGCAUGUUUUAAAUAACCCGGAUUUCAAGACAAUGUUACGAGAAAUGAGCGUGCUCAAAAACGGUACAGGAAGGCGGGUGAGAAAACUCACUUGCGCAAAGGAUCCACGGGUAUCGGCUAAAGCAGCAGGAUUUACAGGAAUGUUUUUGAUAUGUUCUCUUAUUACACUUGUUGUAAUAAGUGAUCUAUUAAGUUUGAUCUCUAGUGUUAAGAAACGAUAAGAAACAAAUGCAGAUUCAAAACAUCUUGAGUUAUUACACAGAUAAACAAUAGAUACAACUGGCAAACGGAAUUGUGAAAACAUUUUGUUACAAAUUUUCAACCAAUAAUAAAAAAAUAUAAAGCAAGGGUUUGCAGUAAAUAUACAAUACAAGACAUUUUGGUAUGCAUUUAAAAUAUGAUUCGUUGCAUGAAUUUGUAAAAGGCUACAGUUAUGUUUUACAACCUUUCCAUUUCAUGACCUUGUAUUAAGCGUUCAUGCAAAUGCCUUGAUAUUUUAGAUAUAGGCGCAAAACAACAUAACACUUAUGAUAAACCAAGAA